AUGCCGCAAGCUGAAGAAAACGUACAGAUCCUAAGCAACUGGACCUCUAAUUUUCCAAUUUUUUUAUUGACCGUCAUUCCUGGCCUAGAGUCUGUUCAUGCCUGGAUAUCCAUUCCCUUCUGUUGCUUUUAUGCAAUUGCUCUCGCUGGGAACAGUAUGAUCCUGUCUGUCAUCAUCACCCAGCAGAGUCUCCAUGAACCCAUGUACUAUUUCCUUUCCAUGCUGUCAGCCACUGACCUGGGCUUGACUGUUUCUACAAUGUCUACUACAUUGGGCAUUCUCUGGCUUGGUGCAAAUGAAAUCAGUCUCGACGUGUGCAUUAUCCAGAUGUUCUUUCUUCAUGGGUUCACUUUCAUGGAAUCUGGGGUGCUCGUGGCAAUGGCUUUUGACCGUCUUGUGGCAAUCUGUAACCCUCUGAGAUACACUAUUAUCCUCACUAACUCCAGAAUCUCUCAAAUGGGCCUCUUAAUGACCAUACGCACACUAGUACUAAUAGUACCACUACUCCUGCUCCUGAAGCCUCUGUGUUUCCACAGCAUGAAUGUCCUUUCCCACCCUUAUUGCUACCAUCCAGAUGUGAUUAAAUUGUCAUGUUCAGAUACUCGGGCUAACAGCAUCUGUGGGCUGGUGGAUCUCAUCCUCACUACAGGGAUAGAUACACCAUGCAUCGUUUUAUCUUAUAUCCUAAUCAUAUGCUCUGUCCUCCGUAUUGCCUCCCCUAAAGAGCAGCGGAAGGUCUUCAGCACCUGUGUCUCCCAUAUUGGCGCAGUUGCUGUUUUCUACAUCCCCAUGAUGAGCCUGUCCUUGCUGCAUCGCUAUGGUCACUCAGCCCCCAAAGUAAUCCAUUCCAUGAUGGCCAGUGUGUACCUGCUUCUGCCUCCUGUGCUCAACCCUGUCAUCUACAGUGCGAAAACAAAGCAGAUCCGCAGGGCUCUACUCAGCUGUCUCCUUAAAAAAUAA